CGGGUGUGGUUAGAGCGCCGGCUGCUGGGGUGAGGGGAGUGGCUCGGCCGGAGACCAGACAGCUGAUCGGAAUCAGGUAAUCAGGCGUUUAAUAUAAGGCAUGUUGGUAACCUGGUUCUGAUCUGUCUUGCAGUAGGCUGGGUCCUGGGAAGACGACACACCCCGUCCUGGCCUUCCCCGCUCGGAAAGUACCGCGGAGCUGCCUGUUGUGGGCACUAUUCUCAACCAAUAAACGCAUUGUUUUUGCCCAACGCCGAACGCUUCCGUCUCUUACCUGUUACCUGAGCCAUCCCGCUCACAGUGGCGCCUGAGCAGGGACGUGAACCCCUCAGAUGACGGAAGGAGAAAGCCCGCUGGGCCAGGCCCUCCAGCGUCUCGCCCUCAUGCAGGAGAGCACAACGGCCCUACAACGGCAGCAGAGCGAGGCUCUCCUCGUAAUCGCCUCCAGCCAGCGGGAGGACCGUGCUCUCCUGCGGGAGCUGCUGCAGCGUCCGGCCGCCCGGGAGGCCGAGCCAGUGACCAACCCCGCCCGGCCGCCGCAGAUUGCCCUCCAGAAGAUGUCAGCCGACGACGACCCAGAGGCUUAUCUGGACAUAUUCGAGGGCACUGCGGCGGCGUGCGGGUGGCCGGAGGAGGAGUGGGCUGUGCGGCUUCUUCCCCUGCUGGCCGGGGCAGCGCAGCUAGCCGCCCACAGCCUGCCAGCGUCUGAUCGACAUGAGUACAAGCAGUUGCGGAGGGCCAUCCUGGACCGGCUCGGCAGCACACCAGAGGGACACCGCCGCCGGUUCAGGGCCCUUCCCUUCGAGGACGCUGGCCGCCCCUUCUCCUACGCGAAGCAGCUCCUCGAUGCGGCGAGGCGCUGGCUUCAGCCGGGGAUGCGCUCCGCCGAGGACGUCAUGGAGCAGGUGGCACUGGAGCAGUUUGUCGCCGGGCUGCCAUCGUCAACGGCGAAUUGGGUCCAGUGUCACCGCCCUGCCAGCCUGGAGGCAGCCGUCGUCCUCGCGGAGGACCACCUUUCGCUUCCCCAGCGGAGCAUGAAGGAGGAGCCCCGACAACCUGUCGUCCCCGCGGACCGACCCGUUCCAGCCCCAAGGAGGAGGUUCCCGACAGCAGCCGCUGCACCGCGUUCCCCUCAACCCACGACCCGGCCCCUUCCCACCCAAGCCCUACCUCAUCUCUCUCUCUCUCUCUCUCCCCAGGAUCCAGCCUCCGCCUCUGGUCGUCCGGCACCACGGGGGGCUCCUCAGGCGCCAGGGCAGGAGUGCUGGCGGUGCGGGCAGCCCGGCCACUUCCGGCGGGAGUGUCCCAUGAUGGAGGUCGGACAGUUGGUCCGGGUUGCGGGACCGCCAGUUGCCUCCCCCGGUUUAGAAGGGACGUACCGUAUACCGGUAUGUAUACAGGGGGGUACCCACCAGGCUCUGAUGGACACGGGCUGUAAUCAGACGAUGAUCCAUCAGCGCUUGGUUCGGCCGGGGGCAUUGGUGGAAGCAUCGUGGGUGAAGGUGAGGUGUGUGCAUGGGGAUAUUCACCAGUACCCGGAGGUGACUCUGGAAAUAUCUUUUAGGGGAAAAAAGCAUAGAGUCAGGGCUGGAGUUAGUACUCGCCUCACGCACCCUCUGAUCUUGGGAACAAAUUGGCCGGGGUUUGCUAAGCUAGCGAGGGCUAUGGGGGUGCGUUCACGGGAGUCAGGGAAAUGUGAGUGGUGUGCUGUGUUUAGUGGCGAAGCGGCUGACGGCGACGAAGGGGGAACAGACACGGAGGGGGCCGGGGAGGCCCCUCUGCCCCCGCCGGUGUUCCCGGUUGAGGAUUUCCCCCUCGAACAGUCUAGGGACGGGACCCUUCAGCACGCUUUCGAUCAGGUGGUGAGUAUUGAUGGCUCCCAGCUCCACCCAAACACAGCACUCGCACACCCCCACUUUGUUGUUAUUAGGGACAGGCUGUAUCGUGUGAGCCGUGACACACAGACAGGAGAGAUCAAUACUCAGUUGUUGGUACCACAAAGCCGUCGGGAAAUGAUUUUCCAGGCGGCUCAUCACAACCCCAUGUCAGGUCACCUAGGGUACGAUAAGACACUACACCGGAUCAUGGCCCGAUUUUAUUGGCCGGGCAUUCGCGCGGAUGUGAAGCGGUGGUGUGCAUCCUGCAGCGAAUGUCAGCUGGUUAAUCCGCCGGCCACCCCAAAAGCGCCUCUGCGCCCACUCCCAUUAAUUGAGGUGCCUUUUGAGAGAGUUGGUAUGGACCUCAUCGGGCCAUUAGACCGGAGUGCACGGGGAUAUCGCUUUGUACUCGUCCUAGUGGAUUAUGCAACACGAUAUCCCGAGGCAGUGCCGUUGCGCAAUAUCUCUGCAAAGAGCGUUGCACAGGCACUGUUUCAUAUAAUCUCCCGAGUCGGGAUCCCGAAAGAGAUCCUGACUGACCAGGGCACGUCAUUUAUGUCACGCACACUACGCGAGCUGUAUGAACUGUUGGGCGUCCGCUCGAUCCGGACUAGUGUUUACCAUCCACAGACCGAUGGCCUGGUGGAGCGGUUUAACAAAACGCUAAAGAACAUGGUUCGUAAGUUCGUUCACGAGGAUAGCCGUAAUUGGGAUAAAUGGCUAGACCCUCUGUUGUUUGCAGUGCGGGAGGUGCCUCAGUCCUCCACGGGAUUUUCUCCCUUUGAACUGCUGUUUGGCAGGAAGCCACGGGGUGUUUUGGACCUAUUUAAAGAAAACUGGGAGGAGGGUCCGAGCACAAGUAAAAACGAAAUUCAGUACGUUAUGGACCUGCGAGCAAAACUCCAUUCACUGGGGCAGUUAUCACGGGAGAAUUUGCUGCAGGCUCAGGAACGUCAGCAGCGCCUGUACAACAGAGGGUCGAAACUGAGACAAUUUUCACCGGGAGAUAAAGUACUUGUGUUACUCCCAACUUCCAGCUCCAAAUUACUCGCCAAGUGGCAAGGGCCCUUCGUGGUCACACGACGAGUGGGGGACGUAGAUUAUGAGCUGGUGCGUUCUGACAGGGGGGGAGCAACACAGAUCUACCACGUAAACCUCCUUAAAACAUGGAGGGAAGUGGCGUCUGCUUCUCUGGCCACCACGGUGAGAGAGAGAGAUGAGUUGGGACCGGAGGUCAUUAUUAACACCGAAUUAGCCCCGGUCUGUUGCGGCGACCAUCUCUCACCCGGUCAGGUGGCAGACGUUGCCGCGUUGCAAGGGCGGUUUGCCGACGUGUUCUCCCCGCUGCCAGGGCGUACCUCUCUCAUAAACCACCGCAUAGAAACGCCCCCGGGCGUGGCCAUUCGUUCACGGCCCUAUCGGCUGCCUGAACACAAGAGGAAAAUUGUUCAGGCGGAGCUUCAGGCUAUGCUAGAGAUGGGAGUAAUAGAAGAGUCCACCAGUGACUGGUGUUGCCCUGUCGUGCUGGUACAUAAGCCGGACGGGUCAAUCCGGUUCUGUGUGGACUACCGCAGGGUUAACGAGGUGUCCAAAUUCGAUGCUUAUCCAAUGCCCCGGGUCGACGAACUCCUGGACCGGCUAGGCACUGCUCGUUUUUAUACGACACUGGAUUUAACCAAGGGCUACUGGCAGAUUCCCCUUUCUCCAGAGUCGAAGGAAAAAACGGCCUUCUCCACUCCGUACGGUUUGUACCAGUUUGUCACACUUCCUUUCGGGUUGUUCGGGGCUCCAGCCACCUUCCAACGGCUCAUGGACCGAGUGCUGCGUCCCCACUCUGCAUAUGCUGCUGCUUACUUGGAUGAUGUCAUCAUCCACAGUGAGACAUGGGGGCAGCAUAUGCAGCAGGUGGGGGCAGUGCUCGAGUCCCUGAGGCAGGCGGGGCUCACGGCCAACCCAAAGAAGUGUGCGGUUGGGCGGAGGGAGGUACGGUAUCUGGGGUACCACUUGGGCGGCGGGCAGGUGCGGCCACAGAUAGAGAAAACUGCCGCCAUUUCUGCCUGUCCGGUGCCCAAGACGAAAAAAGAGGUCAGGAGGUUCGUGGGGCUGGCCGGUUACUACAGGCGGUUCAUCCCCGCCUUUUCGGAGCUGACCAGCCCUCUGACCGACCUGACCCGAAAGGGUGCUUCAGAUCCGGUCCAGUGGACGGAGCAAUGUCAGCUGGCGUUUGAGAGGGUUAAGAAAGCCCUCUGUGGAAAGCCGCUUCUGUUCACCCCUAACUUCUCUCUACCUUUUGUUUUGCAGACCGACGCCUCGAACAGUGGGGUGGGGGCCGUUUUGUCCCAGCAGGUAGAGGGGGUCGACCGCCCCGUACUGUACAUUAGCCGUAAGCUGGCUCAGAGGGAGGUGAACUACAGUACGGUGGAAAAGGAGUGCCUCGCCAUACGGUGGGCGGUCGGCGCCCUGCGUUACUACCUCCUGGGGCGCCCUUUCACCCUCUAUUCGGACCAUGCCCCGCUCCAGUGGCUCCACCGCAUGAAGGAUGCCAACGCCCGGAUCACUCGUUGGUAUCUGGCGUUACAGCCGUUUAACUUCAAGGUGAUCCACAGGCCGGGUAACCGGAUGGUCGUGGCCGAUUUCCUCUCCCGCUCGGCGGAGGGGGGGGGGGGAGGUCGGCUGUCGGCCGGCGGGAUCCCGGCCUGAGUCGGGCGGUGGGGGUAUGUGGCAGCCGGGUGUGGUUAGAGCGCCGGCUGCUGGGGUGAGGGGAGUGGCUCGGCCGGAGACCAGACAGCUGAUCGGAAUCAGGUAAUCAGGCGUUUAAUAUAAGGCAUGUUGGUAACCUGGUUCUGAUCUGUCUUGCAGUAGGCUGGGUCCUGGGAAGACGACACACCCCGUCCUGGCCUUCCCCGCUCGGAAAGUACCGCGGAGCUGCCUGUUGUGGGCACUAUUCUCAACCAAUAAACGCAUUGUUUUUGCCCAACGCCGAACGCUUCCGUCUCUUACCUGUUACCUGAGCC